AUGAACGGCAAUGAGGUGAUUGAGGUAUAUAGGUGCGUACUUUUCUUCAUGUUGGAGUCUGAAUCUCGAUCUGAGCUUCUGCAGAACACAGAUAAAGAUCGAGUUGAGGCUAAAAUAUCGGUGCUGGCACUACGGCAACAACUUCUAACAAUGGACCACAGCCAGGAUCCCGAGCAGCAGGAUAAGACAGAUCAUGUCCAUCAUGCACUUAUCCGGACCACGGCCGACCUUUGUGAGGGUUUCUUUCAUCUUUUUGUUGACGCUUUCAACUACAGACAACCCAUCGAUCAUGAUGGCUUGCUGCUGCAGUUCUUCGUUCAACAUCCGUGCCUGCUGACCUAG